CAAUAUGCCAAAAUGGAUAUAGCUGGAGGUACGAAACAUACGUUUGAUGUUUCCCAUCGGGCAUAUUUUGUCGAUGCGCUCUUGGGAAGUUUUGAAAGUGGUUUGACUACGCGAACAGAAGACUAAAGAUAAUUGCAUGGCUCUCCCAGGUCCAAAUAAGGAUAACAUCAGAGCAGGAUGCAAGAAGUGUGGUUACCCGGGCCACCUGACGUUUGAGUGUCGGAACUUUGUGCGCGUGGACCCGAGGAAGGACAUCGUCCUGGACGUGAGCAGCACCAGCAGUGAGGAGAGUGAGGAAGAGCAGGAGGUUCAGGACGCUGCACAGGAGAAGAAGCCCAAAGAGGGUUCCCAAGAGGAUUCUGGGAAAGCACCGCACAAAAGGAAAAGUAAAGACAAAUCUCACAAAAAGUUAAAGAGGGCAUACUCAUCAAGCGAUGAAGAGGAACGGAGGAGAAAGAAACACAAGGCACAUAAGAAGAAAGGAAAAAAAGAGAAGGAGAAGAAACGACACAAGAAAGAGCACAAAAAGAAGGAGAGGCAUUCCUCCUCAUCUGACAGCUCCCAGGACAGUGACUGAGCAGAGCAGUCGCAGCUUUCUGAACUCACGUUAAACUGAAGUCUCCUUUGUUUUCUUUUUGAACAAACACUUGCAGACAUCAAAUUCAAUGUGAAAUGGGGGUGUGUAUAAAAUGUUCACAUCACUAUGAUUGUUUAAUGUACAGCUUGUUUGGAAUGUUCUCUGAUCAAUUAGCCUGUAUUGGUCUCUUUAAAGACGCCAAAUGCAUGCUAUUUUCAAUGAGAAUAUCCCAUGCUUUGAGGGGGGCGUAUUCCCAUGGUAUUAAUUUCCUUUCUGUAAGACGAGGAUGAUUGGUUGCGUUUUUUCCCUUUGUUCCUAGUUGGCACCAAUGUUUUCUAAUCAGAGAAAUUACCCACUGUGGGUUCCAGGGUUUCUCAAGCUUUGCAUCUUUCUUUUAUAAGCAGACCAUUAACAAAAUCUGAAGGUGUAAAAACUGAGAAUGCCCCAAUUUAAAAAUAUUUUGAUGUGAUGUCAUUUAUGUAAUGCCAUUUAUCAACAGUAGACAACCUUGCAAGUAUACUUAAAGUCUUUUUUUAUUUCAGAUCAUUCAAUGAGUCACAUUGCUUUAAAUAUUUAGAUUUCUGUUUUCAACUAUAGCUCAUGUUUGUUCAGUACACAUGUUUUAAUAUUCCUGAUGUAGUAUAGUUACUUCUCUUCUAUGUAUUCUAUGUAGAAUGAUGUGCUUCUCUACUGCCCUUGUAAACACGGUGUCAUACUAGUGUAAUGAACACCUCUAUUGCAAAUUUUUUAUAAGGCUGUACUGUCUAGAUUUGUCACCCAAUGCAGAUGACUAAAAUAAUCUCUUAGGUCUUGAUCUGUGGGCUGUUGGAUUGAAUUGCUAGAGAACAUUCUGGAAAGGUAAGAAGAGGAUGGAAAGAACUGGGGCAGUUUACCGAAACCUCUGGCUCGUACAUAAAGAAAAAUUAACAUUGAUUUCCCUGGACUUGCUAGGUUGAUAUCACAGUGAAUCCUACAGAAAAGAAUGGAUACACGCUGCCUUGGUUAAGUGUGUAAUGGGUGAAAUGAAAAGAUCACCUUAAUUGACAGAAGAACGGAACGCCUCUUGUUUGUUACACAGAGAAGCUGGACCCGCACAGUCUCACAGUCCUCCUGGACGACUCUCCUAAGCUUGGUCACUUGGCGACAUUCAAGUUUUUGUUGCUUCCUUAAAGUACAGUAAUUACUGCUUUGAUCUUUUCCCCUCUCGGGAAAUGUAUAGAGUGGCAGCUUGAUGCCUUGGUGAGCGUGUGUCUAUUGGUCAAUUCUUCUUCCAUGACGAAACAAAAGAAUGGAUACUGGCUGCCUUGAGCCUCAUAGUCUUGGCCUGUCCAGAUAAAUCACACACACUUGCCAUGCCAGACCGGUGGUGUUUGUGGGCAAAUUUCCCAGUUGGCGACUUUCUGCAAACAAUAUCAAUUAUCUGCUUCCAGAGCCUUAAGCAUCCUUAUCAUGGGCCUUUAUUUCACAGGCAUGCAUCUGCUUUCUCACCUACUAAAUAAGCAGGCAGAUCUAUCGCCAAUCUGGCAACAAGAUUUAAGUUUCAGCUAAGCCCUGAUUUACGACAAUUUGCAUCUUAAUGCAUAAAUACAAAAGAAUGGAUACUGGCUGCCUUGAUUAAGUGUGCAAUGGGUGAAAUUAAAAGUACUUAAUCGAUGAA